GAAAUCCGCUACAGACAGACAGACGACCCUGCCCUCCUCUCUCAAGCAAGGGCCGACGUCCGAGAAGUGUACCCCACCUUCACGGCCUUCAACCCAACUCGACUCCUCAUUGCAACUUGGGACCAGGUGGCACACUUUGACAGUGUUGUCGCCUUUUCUGGUCUAACAAACACUUUUCAGUGCGUGCUGAUCACGGACAGCAGCCUCUCCUUUGUCAUAUUUCUCUAUGCUGAUGACCUCAUUCAGUGGUCAGUAGGUACCGCUAAUCUAUCAGCUCAUGCCCAGGCUGGAUUCAACGCCGGUGAUGGAAUAAGAUUCACAACAAUCGAAGGCUCGCGAACUGAAGCUAUUGUAAACAUAGAGACCACCAGCAACAUUGGGGUUCCAGGGAAGUAUCUGUUUCGAGUGGAC